AGUAACGCCAUAAACGGAACACUUUAGUCGCCAUAGCCAUCGUCGCGCGCAGUUCAUGACUUUUCCACAUUACUUUACAGUUUGUUUUGAAACAAGGUCUUGUGCGACAAAGGCAAAUAACACUGAAAUUUUAUACUACGCACGAGUCAACUGAAAUUCAGGGAGAUAUGGAUGUUAUUGACCUCGUGAAAUAAAGAGCGACGUAUUUGCUUCAGAGAUGUUAGACCGAACAAAGCGAAACAAAUCUUAGGUGCUGUGGGAGGAUGCAAAGUUCAAGUAGAAUACGCGUUUAGUGAGUGACGAAAAAGGUAGCGUUUCGUUAAAUAUGGAGGACAAAACGGAUAAACAAAGCACACGUAGAAAAGUAUCACUUACCGGCCAAGGAAAAGCAGCUAAAUCGUUACGAAAACGGCUGGCUUUUGCCCUCGCGAACAACGCAAAUAUUAAAUCGGAUUCCGCUACAAGUACUAGCGCUAGUGCAAGCGAAGCGUCGGAUCAAGAAACAGUGCAAAAAGAAUUGGAAGGACAAGAAGAGAGAAAAUCCUCUAUUCCACGCAAAAUAUCGCAAGGGAAAAAAUCGCCACAAGCGAUGCAGAUAUUAGCGGCCCUAAAUGAAAAUGUUAAGUCUUCAAAAACGGACGGAAGAAGCAGGAAAGGUUCUUUGCCGACCAACGAUGGAAUUAUUGGACACAAAGACGAACCUAACGUGGAAUUACAGAAACAAAAAGAAAGUGCGCAGAAUUUAGCAUUUAUGGCGAAUAUCAACAAUGACGUGUCUGACAAAAAGAUAGCUGAAAGGCAAUCGGGUCAUGACGAGUUGAUACCGAACAUGCACGAAAAAAUCACGACCAAUUCCGAAGAUAUUCUUGGUUCGCCAAAACAUGUGAAGCAUUUUAGUUUUGAAGAUGUUGAAAGAGAAGUACUCAAUUUGAGUAGGAACAUGGAUAACGUACUUCAAGAGUUUCCGAAAGUCAACAUGGCUACUGAUCGCAUUAAAAUGAAAGUUGAAGAGUUAAGAAAAGAGAGAAUUUCGUAUUAUUCCAGGGAAAUCUUCUGACAAAGACGCAAUAAUCUAUAGUCAUAGUUUUGUCUUGCUAUUCACGAGUAGGUCACUCAGCAAUAUCGAGGGGAAAAAAGCUACAUGACCAAUAACUCUCUUUGCUUUCACUAACUUUUGAGUCUGUGGAUGAAAUUAUUCAAAUUGAAAGCUACUGAGCAGGACUUUCCUGUAGUAAUGUUUAUUUUGCUGUAUAUCAUGGUUCUAACGUGUGGGUCUGUGGAUGAAAUCCUAAGUGUGAUAAUUCAAAGAGAAGCUACUAAGCAGUACGAUUCAGUGGAAAGGCGAUCAUUAUUACAUCCAAACACGGCAGAAGGAUCUGUUUUCCCAUUACAAUAUUAUUCUAAGAAAACUUGAAGAAAAAAUGUCCCGAAAAGCGCUCGAAAAUACAAACGAAAUGUGCUCAUGCUCGAUCAUGCCCCCCUGGGUAUCCUAUAAUACUCUUUAAAUCGAAUUAAUUCAAUAUGGCCGCCGUAUCGGUAAAAAGGUGUACCGCUCUAACCUCGUUCCCAGGAAGGAAGAGAGAGAACUCUGGAAACGAGAUUGCAGUCUGAUAUUUCGAGUUGGGCUACCUGUGGAUCCUAAGAUGCCUAACCGAUAUUGUUCGGCCAAAAAAAAUACCAAGGAAACUCAAUCACCUCGUCUAGUAUGCUUUUUACAACUGAUGCCUAAACUGAGGGGUGUCAAAUUAAUUAAAGGUUGAGAAACCGAAAACUUGACCAACAUAAAAUUGUGGGUGUUUUUCGGUGAGGAAGAUUGGUUUCAGCGCUAGCUUAUUAAGAAUGUAGCCACAGAAUAUGGGAGACAACGGAUCAGCGGAUAAAAAA